CUCUGCGUUUCACAAUCUCCAAACCAAAAUCAACAGUCAUAGUAUUGAAAUAGAAGUACAAAACAAAAAACACAAACACAUUUCUGUAUUUAUAAAAGUAAAAAACAGAUUUUAAUAAAACACAUAAACAUUGGAGAACUUUUUGAAAUGAAUGUAGUUGUGAGAUUUACGAGAGCCAUGGAAGCUGUAGAGUGGCGAGGAUUGGUGUACACAGUGUUCAUACUCAAUUUCGUUUUCGCUUGCCAGCUCCUUCUUCUUCAGCCGCUAGUUUCGGCGUUAGAUAGUGAAGCUGGCAAUGCUGCUGAGUUGCUUGAGAGGGUUUCACAAAGCGUAAAGGUGAAACGUUAUAGUGAUGCACUUGAUGAUCUUAAUACUGCUAUAGAGGCAGAUCCAAUGUUUUCAGAAGCAUAUUUUCGUCGUGCAUCUAUUCUUCGUCAGCUAUGCAGAUAUGAGGAAUCUGAGAAGAGCUACAACAAGUUCCUGGAGUUAAAACCUGGAAAUUCAGCAGCACAAAAGGAGCUAUCUCAAUUGUUUCAGGCUCAGAGUGCCCUGGAUACUGCUUUGACUCUCUUUGAUUCAGGAGAUUUUACAAAAUCUUUGGAAUAUGUUGAUAAAGUUGUCCUUGUUUUUUCUCCAGCAUGCUCAAAGGCCAAACUCCUCAGAGUGAAGUUGUUAUUAGCAGAGAAAGAAUAUUCCAGUGCCAUAUCGGAGACUGGUCUUAUUCUCAAGGAGGAUGAGAACAAUUUAAAUGCUUUAUUGUUACGUGGCCGUGCCUACUAUUAUCUAGCAGAUCAUGAUGUUGCCUUAAGGCAUUAUCAGAAAGGUCUCCGCCUAGAUCCAGAGCACAGUGAACUUAAAAAGGCAUAUUUUGGAUUGAAAAAUCUACUUAAAAAGAGCAAAAGUGCAGAAGAUAAUGUAAACAAGGGUAAGCUUAGGGUUGCAGUUGAGGAUUUCAAAGGAGCCCUUGCAUUGGAUCCUAAUCACCUUGCACAUAAUGUACAUCUUCAUCUUGGAUUGUGUAAGGUCUUGGUCAAGCUUGGUAGGGGAAAGGAUGCUAUAACCAGUUGCAAUGAAGCACUCAACAUUGAUGGGGAGCUUCUGGACGCUUUAGUUCAGAGGGGGGAAGCUAAACUUUUAACUGAGGAUUGGGAGGGAGCUGUGGAAGAUUUGAAAGCAGCAGCUCAACAGUCACCUCAGGAUAUGGAAAUUCGGGAAUCACUCAUGAGGGCUGAGAAAGCUCUAAAGAUGAGCAAACGCAAGGACUGGUACAAGAUUUUAGAAGUUUCAAAGACUGCAUCUGUAUCUGAGAUUAAGCGUGCCUACAAAAAACUUGCUCUACAGUGGCACCCUGAUAAGAAUGUUGAAAAUAGAGAAGAAGCAGAAGCCAAGUUUCGAGAAAUUGCUGCUGCAUAUGAGGUUCUCAGCAAUGAAGAAAAACGAACGAGAUAUGAUAGAGGAGAAGACGUUGAAGACAUGGGGGGACAGGGUGGGGGUGGUUUCAACUUUGGUGGGGGACAGCCAUUUACAUUUACUUUUGAGGGAGGCUUCCCGGGUGGUGGUGGAUUUGGUGGGGGAUUUCCAGGUGGGUAUGAAUUCCACUUUUGAUUUCAGUGAAGAAUGGACUCCUCUUCCCCUCAGGUUCACAGAGAAAGAAAAAGUGUGCUUGUUUUAUUGAGGAGCCCAAAACACCAAUGUGGCUAAUUACUGACUAGUACAUGGCGGUAAAUAUUUAGGCAACCCAGAGAGGCUUGUUACCUGAAAAGUGUAUCCCUUGAGAAAGUUUUGCAGUUUUGUUUUGAGGAAUAUUUUAGUCAGAAAUUUGUAUUAGUUUAUUCAAGAAAAUUGAUGAGCCCCUGAUUCAGUGUAUAGGUUGCAUGUUGUCUUUCUAUAAUGAUUCUUUUGGAAUCAAACCCGCCAUGGAUUCUGGUUGACACAGUUGAGUUUAUUUUACUGUUUAGUUCACAAAGCAAACAAUUAUUUGCUCAAAAGUUGAAGUUCAUGUAA